AUGGCAGAUCAACUACUUAUUCAUGAUGAUAUUAAACUGUACACUACAUCAGACAAGUUCUACUUCGAACCAACAAUCAAUCCAACUGAAGUGCUGGUAAUUGAUAGAAUAACUGGAGAGGCUACUGUCAAAGACAUAAAUGCAGUUAAGAUCCCAAUACCGGCGAAUGCCUACAAGCCGGUGUGUGGCUUCCUCGGCUCCAUAAAGCUCAUAUCGGGAUUAUAUUUAGUUGUUGCUAAGUAUAGAAUAUUGGUAGGUAAAAUAAAUGGUCAAGACAUAUAUCAGUUGGCUGGCACAGAUAUAAUACCAUAUGCACGCUCCAAUACACAUCUUACCAACAAACAGGUGGAGGAUAAUAACACGUAUGAGCGUAUGCUGCGUUUGGCUUUAGAUACUCCUGGUAUGUAUUUCUCAUACGGCUACGACCUGACCCACUCUAUGCAGAGAUUGCAUUCGGUAGCACCGGAUUUCCAUAAGAUGUCGCUGGCCAGCCGAGCUGAUUCCAGGUUCCUAUGGAACGGUCACCUGUUGAAGGAAUACUCUCACCAGCAGUUUGCGAGGUUCGCUCUACCCAUCAUACAGGGCUUCGUGGCAGUGAAUCGUGUGAGUGUGAAGGGUCAUCAAUUAGUCUGGUCCUUGGUCUCCCGGAGGAGUGUGGAAAGAGCUGGCACCAGGUUGUUCACGAGAGGUAUUGAUGGACAGGGCAACGUAGCAAACUUCGUGGAGACGGAACAGAUCAUAGAGCGUGGUGGUGAGAAGUCUUCGUUCCUUCAGACCAGGGGUUCGAUACCGUUGUACUGGAGCCAGUACCCUGACCUCAAGUACAAGCCGGCUGUGGCCCUCGCUCCAGAGGACCACGUGGCCGCUUAUACUAGACACCUAAGGGACCAGCUACAGCGGUACGGAAACCAGGUCUUGCUAAAUUUGAUCGACCAGCAUGGUAAGGAAGAAGCGCUUGAGCGUGGCUAUCGUGCAGCUGUAGCAGCAGCAGCACUUCCAGCUGUACGCUACGAGCCGUUCGACUUUCACGCUGAGUGUCGCCGGAUGCGUUAUGACCGGUUAUCCGUGCUAUUGGAUCGAGUAGCCCACGAACAGACAGAGUUCGGUUACUUCGUGUCCCGCGGCGGUACGGUGCUGCUACGUCAGUCAGGAGUGUUCCGUACUAACUGUGUGGAUUGUCUGGAUCGUACUAACGUGGUUCAGAGUUUAUUGGCGAGGAGACAGCUUCUGGCUGUGCUGAGACUACUGGCGGUCACUACAGAUGAUGAUCAGGACACGCACUUUGAUAGCCUAUUCAAUACGGUAUGGGCCGAUCAUGCAGAUAUGAUCUCCACUCAGUACUCCGGCACUGGAGCCCUAAAGACAGAUUUUACUAGAACUGGCAAACGGACCCGACUUGGUCUGUUGAGAGAUGGCAUCAACUCACUCACAAGAUACUACAAGAAUAACUUCAGCGAUGGGUUCAGACAGGAUGCCAUAGAUCUGUUCCUGGGCAAGUAUAUAGUUGUUGAUGGUGAGGGCAACACCGCUCUAUGUCCAUUGAGAAGACAGCGCGACUGGAAGUAUUUCACUUUGCCGUCCCUCCUACUCGUGGGUCUGUCCAUGAUGUUCGCGGGGACAAUGCUGCCUCGUGGGUCAGGUCUAAUGAUGUACCUCAUGUUCUGGGGCGCGUGUGUAGGAGCCACUAUCAACUUUAUAUUCAGACAUGGUCCUGAGUUUGUGGAUUGGCCACGUCUAGAGGGAGUGAACCCUCGCAGGCCGCUGUCUUCUUUAUGA